CUGCGCAUGCUCCCUUCGCUGUAACCGCUUCCGGCUCGGGCCAAGCUUCCGGCUCGGCGGCCGGCGCCGGCCUGGCGCUGCUCCCGCGGCUCCCGCCAUGUCCACGCUGUUCCCCUCGCUCCUGCCCCGCCUCACCGAGUCCCUCUGGUUCAACCUCGACCGGCCGUGCGUGGACGAGACCGAGCUGCAGCAGCAGGAGCAGCAGCACCAGGCCUGGCUCCAGAGCAUUGCUGAGAAGGACAACAACUUGGUGCCCAUAGGAAAGCCAGCAUCCGAGCACUAUGAUGAGGAAGAGGAGGAGGAGGAUGAUGAAGAUGAUGAAGACAGUGAAGAGGACUCAGAAGAUGAUGAGGACAUGCAGGAUAUGGACGAGAUGAAUGAUUAUAAUGAGUCUCCUGAUGAUGGGGAGAUCAAUGAGGUGGACAUGGAGGGGACAGAGCAGGAUCAGGACCAGUGGAUGAUCUGAUUGUGCCACAACCACACCAAACUGGAGGCUGGGGGAGAGCCUUUGCCCCCCAUGGCUCUGGGGGACAGUUCAGUGAAGCUCCCUCCCCCUGCUAUGGUGUCCCGGUUUGAAAAGACAGGUGUCUGCUAAGGAGAGGCAGGCCUCUCUAGGAAGGAGGAAUUCAAAUCCUUCCUUCUGUGUUAUUAUGAUUUGGAAGAUUAAAGAAAACUUUUCAGUAAGAGCUAUGGGGAAAGGAAUAACAGUCCUUUACUAGUAACUAUAACAGGACAGACAACAACAGCAAUUAUAAUAAUAGUAAAACAGAACUAAGAACCCCGGGGCAAACGGUGGAAGCUCCGGCGCUGAUAGCUGGAAGCGGUGGAUUGUCCUCGGCAGGCAGGGGGGUGUCCUGGCAGAUGAAGUGGGCAGUGCCGGAGAACCCGCAGCGGCUGGACCCGGGCUGACCCAAAAUCCAGCAGGGCAGCGAAGAAACUCCAAAUUCCUGGGCGCUCCAACAGAUGAUAGAAUUCCCAGGACCAGACUCCUCCGUUAACCGUGGACUCCAGGCAGCUACCAGUUGCCCGACGGUUCUCCCCGGCAAACUGAGAGCAGUGAGUCCACCACCCUCAGCUCACGGGAGCUUUUUCCCUCCCCCAAAACUAAGUGAUCAACUUCCUUUGUCCGGGUUGAGCACCCUUUAACUAUCAGUAUUUAGUCUCCUAGCAACUUAUGGGGGGGGAAAAUUCUACAGGAAACUUAACCCUCAACACAUGGGUGCUGUGUGGGGCAGGGGGUUCAGAGGAAAGCCCCCCAGGAAAGCCAGAGGGGAGACUGGCACGUUGAAGCUGACACAUCUUUUCUAAUAAACUCAGUUUUCAAGAAGACAACCCCAAUCUGGUGUCUGAGGCCACCAGGGCAGCAGGGGUUACCACCCAGGCAAGUGUAGGGCUGCUCCCCACCAU